AUGGCCAGACAAGGAGAUGGUUUUGAGGGAAACGUGCAACAUCUUCAACAUAAUCCUAUAUACAACUGCAAAACAUGCAACAAGGAUUUUGAACAUGCUAUUCACUGUUACUACUUGGUUGUACGUGUCUCUGAUGACUCAAAGGGAGAAGUCAAGUUUUUGCUUUUCAACAAUAUUGCGGAGAGGCUCAUUAGGAGACCUGCGUUUGAGUUAGUCCAAGAGGCUGGUCAGGAAAAUCCACAUUUUCUACCUCAGUCUCUAACUGAUUUGAUUGGGAGAAAACUUCUAUUUAAGAUUACUAUCGCAACAAGACAAGGUCCCAACAUGACAUGCCAUAGGAUCCCGACUGGUCCAGCAGUGUCUGUAGAAGAUGCACCUCGUGAAGCUACUCAAAGUCCAUUCCAACAAACCAAAACCAAUGAAUUCAUUCCUCCACCAAGGUUCAUCGUCGAGGAUCAUCCUGAAGCUUACAAUAAUCGAUAUGCAAUGGAAAGUGAGUCUGAAAAUGAAAAUGAUAAUGAAGAUGAGGAGAAUCAGACUUACACUACCUAUCUAGCUGGAGAGACUUUGAUAAACACAUCACCACAACAUAUCCCACAAGAAACUAAUAAUACAGUUACUUCGCCUAUUGUCAUUGGGAUACAAAAAAACGGUUACUACGACGACGGAGAUCCAGGUUGGAAUUUUGUACUUCCUCGGCUCGCGAAUCCUCCAAUGGAGUUAAUGACUUUGUUAUGCAAAGGAGACGAGUUAAGCAAACAUUAUCGAGAGUUCAUACGAGCUUACAAUAUGAUGUUCUCUUUCACAUCUCUUGGGGGGAAGAUAGAUCAUUCUAUUAACAAUGGUCGUGGACCAUUUGUUUUCCGAAUGUCCGGUGAGAACUAUCAUCGUAUUGGUGAUAUAGUUCCCGAGCCUGGACAAGCUCCAAAAUUUUCCCAGCUCUAUAUCAUUGACACUUUAAAUGAGAUCAAAAAUAGACUUGACGCUUAUGCCGGGUCUGACAGAGCUGCUGCUAAGAAACUAAGAGAACCACUUGUUCUUCUUCUGAAGAAUAUGUUAGAUCAGUGUAACCCUCAUGUCAAGGCUUUUAGGUCUGCAAGAGACAGAUUCGACGUGGAAGGAUCAACAGGUUAUAGGAUGAGAUUGAUUGAAAGUCGACAAUCUGAUGGACGGACCCAUAAUCUGCCGACUGCAAAUGAAGUUGCUGCUUUGAUACCUGGAGAUUUUGUUUUAAAUAUGGAGACACGAGAUAUUGUUCUAGAGAGUACAAGUGGAAAGUUGCAAAGGAUAAGUGAAUUACAUCCGGCGUAUUUGCCUCUGCAAUAUCCACUAUUGUUUCCAUAUGGAGAGGAUGGCUUUCGAUUAAAUAUUCCUAUUGGUUUUGAAGACAGCACUGCGAGAAAACGCAAGAAUGUAACUAUGCGUGAGUACUUUGCAUUUCGGAUUUUAGAGAGGAGGUGGGAAGCACCUACAAUUACAAGAUCAGGCAGAUUGUUUCAUCAGUUCCUUGUGGACGCUUACACAAUGAUAGAAUCGAGUAGACUACGUUACUUGUGGCUGAAUCAGAAAAAGCUCCGGUCAAGUAGUUACGCUGCAAUCCAGAAAGCAGCUACAAGAGCUGGAGCUAAGAUGGCGGAACAAGGGAGCCGAAUUUUCAUUCCAGCAACUUUCACCGGGGGAAAAAGGUAUAUGAAGCAGCACUACUAUGAUGCCAUGGCUCUGUGCAAAUACCAUGGAUUUCUCGAUAUUUUCAUCACUUUUACGUGUAAUCCAAAAUGGCCUGAAGUUACAAGGUAUCUGAAAAAAUAUAACCUGACCACUGAAGACAAGCCAGAAAUAUUGUGUAGAUUUUUCAAGAUGAAACUCGAUAAUCUUAUCGGCGAGUUGACUAAAAAGAACGGCUCCUUAUUCGGUCCUGUUGCUGCAGUAAUGUACACGAUUGAGUUUCAAAAAAGAGGAAUGCCACACGCUCAUAUUCUUGUCUUCAUGGAAAAAGGAUCAAAAUUUCCAACAGCCGAUGAUAUAGAUAAGAUUAUUUCCGCUGAAAUACCAGACAAGACAGUAGAUCCAGACCUGUAUGUGAUCGUUGGGGAUUGUAUGAUGCAUGGUCCUUGCGGUGCAGCAAAGAAGGAUAAUGUAUGUAUGGUUAACGGUAAAUGUUCUAAGAUGUUUCCGAAACCUCUCAACAUCAGGACAUCGAUUGACGCAAAUGGAUUUCCAGCUUACAUGCGUCGGAUUGAUGGUAGGUUCAUUGAGAAAAAUGGAAUCAGAUUAGACAAUGGAUUUGUUGUACCAUACAACAGAGACCUCAUGCUUCGAUAUCGCGCGCAUAUGAAUGUAGAGUGGUGCGUCCAAACACGAGCUGUUAAGUAUCUUUUCAAAUAUAUUCAUAAGGGACCUGAUUAUGCCUCAGCUGCAAUGGAUAAAGAAGAUGAAGAUGGCGUCAUUGACGAAAUCAAAACAUAUUACGACUGCAGAUAUAUUACUGCAUGCGAGUCGUCUUGGCGGAUUCUUGCUUUUCCUACACAUUUUCGUACUACUUCUGUAGAGCCACUUGGCUUUCAUCUUCCGGAUCAGGAACUGGUAUUUUUUUAUGAAGACGAACCUAUUGAGAGUAUUCUCAACAAAAAGACUGUCAGCCAAUCCAUGUUUUUGGCCUGGUUCAUAGCAAACAGAAAAUAUGCAGAGGCAAGAGAGUUGACAUAUGCGAAAUUUCCAACAAAAUUCGUUUGGAAAUCAGGUACGAGAGAAUGGGUACCACGGAAACGAGGCUUUGCGAUAGGCAGGAUUGCGCAUAUUCAGCCAUCAGGUGAUGAGCUAUAUUUUUUAAGAGUAUUUCUAAACUGGGUAAGAGGGCCGACAUCAUACGAGGAUAUAAGAACAGUUGAUGGUGUUUUAUAUCAUACAUACGAAGAUGCUUGCUAUGCGUUGGGAUUGAUGGAUGAUGACAAGGAAUUCAUAGAAGCUAUCAAAGAUGCCAGUGACUGUAGUUCUGCGACGUAUGCAAGGAAGCUUUUUGCGAGAAUGUUGGUUUCCAAAUCGUUGUCUCAGCCUCAUGUAGUGUGGGAAGCUACUUGGGAGUAUCUUACCGACGAUAUUCUUUACAAGAAGCGGCGAGAAACUGGACGACCUGAUAUGAACUUGACCAUAGAGCAGAUCAAAAAUAUUGCUCUUACUGAGAUCGAAAAUCAUUUGCUCAGCAAUGGCCGUAGCCUCAAGAAAUGGCCCCACAUGCCAAAGCCAGAAAAUUUUGGAGAUUACAACGGCAAUCGCCUUAUAGAUGAUGAGCUUAAUUAUGUUGUGGAAGAUCAGCUAAAGGAAAAUGAAAGACUUAUGGCGAUGAUAACAGAUGAGCAAAGAGGGGUAUACGAACAGAUUCUGGAUGCAGUUUUAAAUGAUAACGGUGGAGUGUUCUUUCUUUAUGGUUAUGGAGGCACAGGAAAAACCUUCGUAUACAGAACACUCUCGUCAGCUAUCCGAUCUAAAGGUAUGAUUGUUCUAAAUACCGCAUCAAGUGGAAUUUUAGCAUUGUUGUUGGAAGGAGGUAGAACCGCACAUUCCAGAUUUGGUAUUCCGAUAGAUGCAGACGAAUUCAGCACUUGCAAGAAAAGGGAGCCAGGAUCAGAUCGUGCAGAAUUAGUUAAAGCGGCAAAGUUAAUUGUAUGGGAUGAGGCGCCUAUGAUGAGCAGACACUGUUUCGAGACGUUGGAUCGCACUAUGCGUGAUAUUAUAAGAUCUUGUGAAGAUAAACCUUUUGGGGAGUUUUUGAACAGUGUUAAAGUGGCUGGACUGCCUAGACAUUGCUUGAAGCUCAAGGUUGGUGCUCCUAUCAUGUGUCUUCGUAACAUGGAUGUUGCAGAUGGUUUAUGUAAUGGUACUAGGCUAAUUGUUACUCAGUUACUGCCCCAUGUGAUAGAAGGUAGAAUUAUAACCGGAAACAAAAUUGUUGGACAUCCGGUUUGGAUCCCUAGAAUGUUUGUCACACCACCUGACACCAAGUUCCCCUUCAGAAUGCGUCGAAGACAGUUUCCAGUUACUUUGGCUUUCGCGAUGACCAUCAACAAAAGUCAAGGUCAAACACUGGAAAGUUUUGGGUUGUUUCUGCCUAGGCCAGUGUUCUCUCAUGGUCAGCUCUACGUUGCACUUUCAAGAGUUAAGUCGAGAUUUGUAUUGAAAGUCCUAAUAACUGGUAAAGAAGGGAAAACGCAGACAAAAACGUUGAAUAUUGUCUACAAACAAAUGGGUAGUGAUGGGUUAGGAACUGAUUGUAUUCAGGAGCAUCCCGUUUUCUGA